AUGCUUCGCAAUCUGGGACAGAGCAUCGUGCGGGCCGCCGGCGCAGGGCGGAAUUGGACGUCGUCGGCGGUGUCGGCCAAGGUCGCCCAGCUGCCCGUCCUGCGGGCGACGGGCGGAACCGAGGUCAAGGCCGAGGAGGCACUGGCGGGCAAGACGGUGGUCGUCGGCGUCGUCGGAGCCUUUACCGGCGUCUGCACCUCGGAGCACGUGCCGGCCUACGCUCGCGCUGCUGAGGCGUUGAAGGCCAAGGGCGUCGACGGCGUUCGCGUGGUCUCGGUCAAUGACCACCUCGUCAUGGACGCCUGGGCAGAGUCGAUGGGUCUCGCUGGUGAGGCCGGCAAGGCUGCAGGCAUCGAGUUCCUCUCCGACCCGGACGCCUCGUUCACCUCGGCGCUCGAUCUCUCUAUCGACCUCUCGGGCGCCGGCCUCGGCACCCGCUCGCAGCGCUACGCCAUGAUCGUCGAGAACGGCCAGGUCAAGGACGUGUUCGUGGAGACCGUCCCGUCCGAGGUCUCUGUCUCGGGCGUCGACCACGUUCUCUCCAAGCUGUAA